CCUUUUCUUAGGGUUUAUAUUCUUCAGUUAGAUGAUGUGUGAAGAUAUUCUUCCUCUGUUCGUCUCUGCAUCAGAUGGAAGAUAACAAUCCUCCCAAGGAUUACUAUAAGAUCCUAGAAGUUGAUUAUGAUGCAACUGAAGAGAUGAUCAAAGUGAGCUAUCGGAAGCUUGCAUUGAAGUGGCAUCCUGAUAAGCACAAUGGUGAUACUGUGGCUACUUCAAAAUUUCAAGAGAUCAAUGAAGCUUAUAAUGUGCUAAUGGACCCUGCUUUACGUUUUGAGUAUGAUUUAACCGGUAUUUACGAGAUUCACAAAUACACUUUGCGGGAAUAUCUGGCUAGAUUUAAGGGAAUGAUACUCACUUGCAAUGGACUGGGCAUCAGUCACUCCUCAUCACCAUGGACACAACAAUUGGCGGAAGGCAAUAACACGACAGAUGAGCAAGGAUACUGUAUAAACUGAAGAAGAAACAGAGCUUUGUAACUUUUGAUCCGAAACUCAAAAGGCAUUAUUAUUCCGUCUCACCGGAUAAUUACCAGGCGUGGGAAUAUAGGAGUACGCCCAGU